AUGGACACCAGCAUCGAUCCAAGGUUGAGUGCAGCAGCUCGAUUAGGAAAUAUUGAUGCCUUUUACGCUCUAAUUCAAGAAGAUCCGUACAUGUUAGACAUCAUUGAUCAGAUCCCUUUCGUCCAUACUCCAUUCCAUAUAGCUGCACAUGAAGGUCAAAUUCAUUUCGCAAUGGAGAGGAUGAAAUUGAAGCCUUCAUUUGCCAGGAAGUUAAACCAAGAUGGAUUUAGCCCCAUGCAUUUGGCACUGAGAAAUGGGCAGAUCAAGCUAGUGCUUCGACUGUUGAAGACCGAUAAAGAUCUGGUUCGUGUCAAAGGAAGGGAAGGGAUGACUCUACAUUACCCUCUAAGGAACCGUCGUAAAGAAGCCUUUGACUUGGAAGAAAAAGUUGUGAAUUGGAGAGACAAUGAUGAGAAUACUAUGUUGCAUAUUGCUUCUAGCAAGGGAUUACAUCAGGAACUCCUACUGUUAUUAAAUUCCCGUAUUUUACCACGUAUCGAUGUAAAAGCUAAGAACUCAGAAGGCUUGACAGCUCUAGAAAUCAUACAAAAUGUUCAAAGACAAGCGACAAACAGUGCCGAAGAUGAUAUCACCAUCAAGAUUAAGCGCUUUAAGAAAAAAGUUAACAGCUUUGUCGUGCACGGACCAACUUGUCUGGGGAGAUGCUCAACGCAACGCUGGUGGUUACGGCGCUGGUUAUAA